CACGAUUCGACCGCUUCAGCCAAUUCAGAGAGGUUGUCUGAAAAUCAUACACCUGCUUCGGUGGAUGUAUGAUCCCUCAACUGAUGCCAUCCCAUGCCAUUUAAUUCAUCUAUUCUUGUUUUCAAUUCUCCGCUCAUCUCACGCCAAAUCCAAUUCCUUCUCUUUCUUUUUUGCAUGAGCAGUAUCGUCACUGUACAUUUGUCGUCUGUUUUCUUUUUCAUUCAUCAUACAUGUGUGUUGAUGAUUCGUCUGUGUGUAUUUUCAUUUAAAAAUCUAUAUCUUAUUUCUCCCCAACAGAAAUCCGUUAAUACAUUUUGUCGCUGGCUACAAGUAGUGGAGUGUAGAAAUGCGCUAAGCGACAAAUAAGAAUAAUUGUUAAGAAAUAGUGAUUA